UUGCACAUGACCCAGACGUACGACAAAAGGAAAGGGGGAAGGAAGAACAGGGCGCCGAGCAGACUCAGCGAGGUGAUCGCCGCGGUGUUCCCCGUGGUGUUUGUCUCUGUUCUUGCGUUUGUCGCGCCGCUCCUCUUCUCGUGCAAGGUGCGACAGGACCACGUGGAGGGUAAGUCGUCGGCGGACAUGCCGCUCGGCAUCGGACACGAGGUUGACCACAGGAUGUUCGUGAGGUUCACGUGCCAGCAGGGCCAGUACAACGACCUCGCGUCCCUUUUGUUGCCGUCGCUGUCCGGAAGCUAUCACAGCACCCUGACGCACCUCUACAGUCGAGACGCGGACGAGGGGGCGUACUCGGACGCGUCGUUGGUUGUCCUCGCGGCGUGCUACUACGUCUUCCCCCUGUUCAUCAUAGGAUGCUCGUUCCCUUUCGGGCUUUUCGUGCCCAACAUGGUGUUCGGGUCCGCGGCUGGGCACCUGUUUGGACGGAUGGUGAAUCGCGCGCCUUGGCUGGUUGGCACGAGGGUCGCUCACCCGACUGUGUACGCCGUGCUCGGCGCGGGCGCGGCGCUCGGCGGUUGGACCCGCAUGGCGAUCGCAAUCUCCGCCAUCAUGCUCGAGCAAACGGGUAACACCGAUUCUCUCAUUCUCAUGAUGGUGGCGGUGCUGUCCUCGAGGCUUGUGGGCGCAGUGCUGACCCCGAACUCGUUCACCGACGAGGUCAUCAAGCAGAAGAACUACGAGGUUCUGGAGCCCAGGGAGCCGAAGAUCAUGUCCACCCUCUCCGCCGGAGCUGUGUGCGCCAGGGACGUCGUCUGUUUAAGGCCCGUGGAAGACGUCGCCAGCAUCGUCCGGGUGCUCAUGCACACCACCCACACGGCGUUUCCGGUGUGUCAGCCUGCCGGCGGUUCAAACGAACGUUUUUACGACCCGGAGCGUAGGGGAUCAAAACAGGACCCGGUGUGGCGAGUGGAGACGGGGUCGCACGAGCCCGAGCCCGAGCUUCUCGGACUGGUCACUAGGGCCACGCUGCUCGACCUGUUGGAGGAGAUGGUCAACAGUAGGAGAAGAUCGGAGCGCACGGCGCCCCAUCUGAGGGUUCCCGCGUCUGUCAUGGACCAGCACGUCAACUUUUUGGGAACUGGGAUGAUGAUUGGAGCGGAUGAGCUCGGGACCGUCCCGGCGCACGUCCCGGCGUCCAGGGUGUACAGGAUGUUUUCACUCAUGGGCGUCCGCAGGGUGAUCGUGGUUCAGAGCGGCGGAGGCAACAGGCUCGGCGGUGUCAUCACUCGCAGGGAUCUGCUCGACGCGAUUGAGGAGGAGGAGGACCUCCGCGACGGUGGCGCUGCGCGGGAGUUGCGGCAGAAGCGCGAGAGGGGAGGCGGAAGCGGACCGAGGCAACGUCGUCGUCCGGCUGGAGACGGUGCGCAGGGUGGCGCACUGUUGACGCCCAGGCCGCGAGCGUCGUGGGCCUCCGGAUGGGACGACUCACGCACGGGAAGGAGCCUCCCGGCGACUGUAGAACAUUGAAACUAGGUUUAAGACUCGCUAUAUUAUU